AAAUCGAGAAAGCUCAUCACAUUGCAAAAGUACACAAUAUAUGAAACUGACAACAGACUCUACGUUGUGGGCAGCAACAGAAGAGAAACCAUGUUCAGGGUCAUGGAGAUCGACCUCACCGUUCCUGAAGACACUCUCUCCAUAGUUGAAGAUAACGUCUUCUUCACAAGAAAGGAGAGCAUGGAGGUGCUCAACGGCUUGAAAGAUGCCAACCCUGAGUUCGAUAAGAAGCUCACAGGAUAUGGCUUGCUGGGGUUUAUCAGGUUCACCAAGUGCUACUAUCUGUGUGUCGUUACAAAGAGGUCGGUUGUUGCAGUGUUAGGUGGUCAUCUCAUCUAUCAUAUUGACGAUACAGAGCUGAUACCGAUAUCAAGGGACUAUAAGAAACCAGAUAAACACUCAGAAGAGGCACGCUUCUUGAUGACAUUUGCCAAUUUAGACCUGACAAAGACGUUCUACUACAGUUAUACCUAUGAUCUGACCAACACUCUACAACGGAACAUUCUUCGGGAAAAGCAGAAGGCUAUGGGGUUGCCUCAGUGUGCAAAGUUUCCUGAUGAGUUCAACGAACGAUUCAUGUGGAACAGCUCGCUGCUGAAGCCUGUAGCUGAUUCAUACGACCGUGUGUAUGAUUGGUUUCAACCUAUUAUCCACGGGUUUAUAGAUCAAGCGAAUGUGGCGAUAUUCAGCAAGAGAGUCUAUAUAACAGUCAUUGCAAGGAGAUCUCACCAUUUUGCAGGAGCGAGAUUCUUGAAAAGAGGCGUUAAUAACCAAGGCAAUGUCGCUAACGAGGUGGAAACUGAACAGAUCGUAUCAGAUAUGGUGACGACGAGCUUCCACGAUAGUCGAUAUGGAUUCUUUAACAAUCCAAGGUAUACAUCCUACGUUCAACAUCGUGGCUCGAUACCCUUGUAUUGGUGUCAAGAAGUUCCGAAUUUGAAAUUGGCCAAACCACCAAUAGAAAUUGAUCUUGUGGAUCCAUUCUACACCUCUGCAGCGUUACACUUUGACGAUCUGUUUAAGAGAUACGAUGCCCCGGUUCUGAUAUUGAACCUAGUGAAGCAGAAGGAGAGGACACCGAGAGAAUCCAAAUUAUCAAAGGCAUUUGAGCAGUGUAUCACGUACCUGAAUGAAUUUCUCCCAGUGAGUGAAAAGAUAUCAUACACCGCAUGGGAUAUGAGUCGGGCAAAUAAAUCUGAUGGUCAAGACGUUAUCGAGUUCCUCGAGGGGUAUGCCGAUGAGACCUUGAAGAAGACGAAUUUCUUCCACAACGGCAUAAGCCUGGACUCAACUAAACUGCAAGAGGGAAUAUGCCGUACCAAUUGUAUUGACUGUCUAGAUCGUACAAAUGCUGCACAGUUUGUCAUUGGUAAAAGAGCUCUUGGUUAUCAACUCCACGCCUUAGGUAUCAUCGAAGAAGUUUACAUCGACUACGACUCAGAUGUGGUUAAUAUCUUUACUGAAAUGUUCCAUGACCAUGGCGACACUAUCGCACUGCAAUACGGUGGUUCUCAUUUGGUGAACACCAUGGAGACAUACAGGAAGAUUAACCAAUGGUCGUCGCAUUCCAGAGAUAUGAUUGAAAGUAUCAAGAGAUUCUACAGCAAUUCGUUUAUCGAUGCGCAAAGGCAAGAAGCUAUUAACCUGUUUUUGGGGAACUAUGUGUGGGAACAAGGUAAGCCCAUGCUUUGGGACUUGAACACUGACUAUUACCUCCACAACAUACAUUCGUUAUCCAAGGACAAGCGCAGCUAUCGCUAUUGGUGGACAAAGGACAACUUGUUACGAUUCAAGGACACAUUCGAUAUACCAAAAGACGGAACAAUUAUACCGAAAUUAGAUCCUUAUCCAGGUUUCUUUGAUAAUUAUUGGAACGAAUACUAUGUCCCUCGGAAGCAAGUUCACUUCGAACACAGUUUUGAAAUCAAUAUGAACUCCACCUUGAGGUAUAAGAUUGACUCCAUGACUGUUCAACAGGCGUGUGAGAUUUCUCCCUUCAAGUCUAGAAAGCAGUCUUCGAUCAAUCACAAGUUGCGU